UGAAAAUUAUAUGAAAUUCCAAUUUCAGUAUCUAUAAAUAGAGGUUUAUUGGGACUCAUUCUUAGACCUUUUGUCUAAGUAUAAACAAUGGAGUGGUCCUCUCAUUACCUCCCCCACUGUGCAUGCAUUACAUCUUAUUGUGAUGCCAUUAUAAGUUAGAAGUAUUUUUAGCAAGUUAGUUAUUAUACUGUAAUUUUUAUCACUUGUACAUUUCUAUCUUUUCAACAAGAAAAGAAGAAAAAAGUUUCAUUGCAAUUUUUUUUUAGUUCAGGGGCAAGAUUGAAACUUUUCUGAACAAGGACCACUAUCAAUCAUUGUCAUCAAAUACUGAAUGACAUUGGAAGUUAGAUUUUAUUGCCAAUUUAAUAAUGUUUUUUAAUUCAACCUAAAAUUGCAAGGAAAAACAGUGCUUAUAUGCAAAACUUUGACAUGCAGUAAAAUCAAUUCUACAACUGUUUGAAUCCCAAGUGAUAUCAAGCUGCUUUAUCUGUUUUCUGUGCUGUCAAAAGCUAAAACAAAAAGCAAGAUCUUCAUUCCCACACAAGCUUGCAGCUUCAGAGAAUACUGAGCCUCCAGGAGAAAACUAUGCCAUGUCAAUGAGAAACUUCUUAAGUGCACCACGGAGGGGAGAAGAGGAAUUCCAGCAAAAGACUUGAAGGAGCUGUGAGUGACCCACUUUGCUGGAUCAUAUGCUCUUAAGUUUGAGCCUACUCUCCCCAGGACUCUGAGUUGCCUUGUGGGAGAGAGAGUCCCCAGCAUGAGUAGAAGGUUUUAUACCAGCAGAGGUUCUUAAUUUGCUAUCUUAGUCAGUAUCCCCUCCUAAAGGCUAAUUAAGUCUGGUUGGCUUACUGAUAUCAACUGAUAGUCACUGGAGGGAAGCAUAUUGUUGGGAUCCUCAUGUUGACAUCGACAUGAACUACGGCACAAAAAUACAUCCCUAACCGCUUCGAGUAGCCCCUAGAAUUCUGAGAGGAAAACCAGCCAGCUGCCCUUGAGGGAAUCUAGACUGCCAUCGAGAAUGGGGCUUUGGGAAAGUAACCCCAGAGCCGGAGUUGUACUUUAUUUCUUUCCUGCCCCUUCCCCAAAUUAAACAAGGGCAGUAACCAAAAUCGAUUAUUCCUACACUUGCUGUGUCUGAAGCUUUAUGUCUCAUGUACCUCUACCAUAUCCCAUCCUGCCAAGUGGGAAGCACGCUUCUUCUUUUGUCAUGUGGAGUCUCCCAAGGUUAUGGGCACUAUCUGUAUCCAAAUACUUUCUUUCGAUAUGAAGGAGAAUGGAAAGAUGGGAAGAAACAUGGUCAUGGAAAAUUGUUGUUUAAGGAUGGAAGUUACUAUGAUGGCGAAUUUGUAGAUGGUGAGAUCAUUGGAAUGGGACAGCGAUACUGGUCAUCGUCAGGAAACAUCUAUUCUGGGCAGUUUGUUUUAGGUGAACUUCAUGGUCACGGAGUAAUGAUAUACAAAGAGGGUGGAAAAUAUGAAGGGGAAUUUUACCAAGGAAUGAGAGAAGGGCACGGAUCCCUCACUGAUAAAAAUGGACAAGUUUACCAAGGUGCAUUUCAUGAAAAUAAAAAGCAUGGUGUGGGACAGAUGGUCUUCAACAAUGGCGACAGUUACGAAGGGGACUGGAUCCUGGACCAGCGACAGGGCCACGGGGUGAUGCACUACGCAGAUGGAUCGAUUUACAAGGGACAGUGGAGAAACAAUGUAUUCAACGGCCAAGGCCUCAUGAUUCAUUGUUCUGGCAUCAUUUAUGAUGGCUUGUGGAUCAAUGGCUAUCCGGCAACUCAAGCUUCAAAGAUUGUGAUUUUGGGUCCAACAGUGAUUAAAAUGGUACAGGGAUCUUCAAUUACCUUGAAGGUUCAGCUCCAAACUGAUGAUGGAGAGGUUGUCAGAAGUGAGAGUGGCCGGGCUUUGAAGAUCUGGGCUGGAGUUCGCUAUGUGCAGCUGUCGGCUUUCUCGAAUCUCAGUUUUUUCAAGGUGACUGGAGAUGCUGAAGUGAAACCGAUCCAAACUCCCUUUGGAUUUGAGUGUAUUGCGUACCCUUUGACGCUUCCGGCAUCUGGAGAGCCAGAGAUGGGAUCUUCCAAAUCCGAACAUCCUGAAGAUGACUUGUGUUUCCAAAAGGAAGAUUUGGAACCAGAAUCCCUAUUGGAAUCCCUAUUGUACCGUGCAAAAGAUGACCCUGACGACCAGGAUGAAGAAUCUCAGCUGACCUCAAGCCCAGGAAACCAGACUUUUUCUUCUCCACAUUAUCAACAAGUCAAUCACGGCUACGCUGAAUUUCAUAAUGUCUCUCUUGCAGCUCCUCCCCCAGAAUACCAUCCCAUCAUGUUCCUGGAUAGCAUUCCCAACAAGAACGAAGACCAGCAGCCACAAGAUGCCGAAUGUUUGGACAACACGGGGAACCCGGAGAAAAGGAGUCCCCAGAGCAGGGAUAAAUCGCCGCCCCGUCAGAAAGGGCCCUGGCUGAACCAGCCCCCGUCACCUACAGAUGGCAGCUCCUCGAUGGCGUAUCCAGGAGAAUACGUUAUCAUGGUACAGGAAAUCACCACGCCGCCCUUCCUGGGCAAGACGCUCCCCACCGCCUUCGCACACCUCAAAGUGUUGCCAAGGGAGAAGCAGCCUCCUCCCGAAGACCCCUAGGGCGGCCCCAGCCCCUGUUC